GAAGUUACUUCAUUGCCGGGCAGGUGACUACGGUCAGCUGAUAAAAGUCGCUGUUUGUAGUCAACAAGGCGAAGUGCUCAGUCAUUGUUGUGGAGUGUGUUUCUGUGAUUUCCCUGCCGGUACAAUGAGGACCUUAUUCCUGUUUGUCAUCGCAGCGCUAGCCUUGACUAACGACGCCUUGGUGCGAAUUCCCUUAAAGAAAUUCCGUUCCAUCAGACGUGAAUUGACCGACUCGGGGAAAGGAAUCGAGGAGCUCGUGGCUGACAAACACUCCCUUAAGUACAACUUUGGCUUCCCCUCGAGUAACGGACCCACUCCAGAAACCCUUAAGAACUACCUUGAUGCCCAGUAUUAUGGCGAGAUUACCCUGGGAACCCCUCCUCAGAAGUUUACUGUGGUGUUUGACACCGGUUCCUCCAACCUAUGGGUGCCCUCCGUUCACUGCUCUUUCUUCGACAUAGCAUGCUGGCUUCACCACAAAUAUAAUUCUGCAAAAUCCAGCACAUAUGUGAAGAAUGGCACUUCCUUUGCCAUACAGUAUGGAUCUGGCAGUUUGUCGGGCUACCUCAGUCAGGAUACAUGCAGUAUUGGAGAUAUAUCAGUAGAAAAACAGAUCUUUGGAGAGGCCAUCAAGCAACCCGGCGUCGCUUUCAUCGCAGCAAAGUUUGACGGGAUCCUCGGCAUGGCCUACCCGAGCAUCUCCGUGGAUGGGGUGGUCCCGGUGUUUGAUAACAUGAUGAACCAGAAGAAGGUGGAGAAGAACGUCUUCUCCUUCUACCUGAACAGGAACCCUGACACAGAACCUGGUGGUGAGCUGCUCCUGGGAGGGACCGACCCCAAAUACUACGACGGUGACUUCCACUAUGCCAACAUCAGCCGGCAGGCCUACUGGCAGGUCCACAUGGAUGGGAUGACAGUUGGCAGCCAGCUGAGUCUGUGCAAGGGCGGCUGUGAGGCCAUCGUAGACACUGGGACCUCUUUAAUCACUGGCCCUGCUGCCGAGGUCAAGGCCCUGCAGAAGGCCAUCGGAGCCAUCCCGCUCAUCCAGGGAGAGUACUUGGUGAACUGCAGUAAGAUCCCAUCGCUGCCUGUCAUCACCUUCAACGUAGGCGGACAGAGCUACACUCUGACUGGAGAGCAGUAUGUCCUCCAGGAGAGUCAGGCUGGGAAGACUAUUUGUCUAAGUGGCUUCAUGGGAUUGGACAUCCCUCCACCUGCCGGGCCCCUGUGGAUUCUGGGAGACGUUUUCAUCGGCCAAUACUACACAGUCUUUGACCGUGACAACAACAGGGUGGGCUUUGCUAAAUCCAAAUGAGCCCCUCCUGCACUUUUGAGGAGCAUGUCCAAGUGCAACGCUACAAAUCUAAGCUGCAAACGUUUUCUGUUGCUUUGCAAUCAAACGGUAUAGAGCAAUAGAUUUUAUGGAAUAGACUAAAUGCACUGAUCUGAACAAUAUGUACGAUUUCCAAGAGCAGGAGAAGCAGAUAGGAUACUUGAUGAGUUGUGUGAUAAGUGUCUAAGAUCAGUCGAUUAUAAAGGUACUGCCCAUUCAAGUGAUCCUUUUUCUUUUUUAAUCAGGGAUUUGUUUUAAAAAGAACUUUUGAAUUUGUAUUUUUGGGAGGAAGAUGGUAUCUACUACUGAUAGGUGUGUCUUAAUCUGACUAGCUUCAAUAAACAAUUUUUAAAAUAUGA